AUGGCUUCCCCCGAAAGUCUAAUAGCUGAAGAGAAUUUCUGUUGUUCCAUCUGCCUGGAUGUCUUCACGAAGCCUGUGUCGCUUCCCUGUGGGCACAGCUUUUGUCAUGACUGUAUCACAAAACACUGGGCAUAUGUCAGCUGUUUAUUUCAUUGUCCACUGUGCAAAGAGGAGUUUACCACAAAACCACUGCUUCGAGUUAACAUUAUCAUGGCUGAGUUGGUUGAACAAUUCAAAAAAAGAGCUAAAAAGUCCUCGAGUGCCCCAGAACAUUCAGGAAGUGGAGAGGUGCUCUGCAGUUUAUGUCCCGAACCAAAGCCUUCAGCCAUAAAGUCCUGUUUAGUGUGUUUAUUAUCUUACUGCCAAACCCAUCUGAAGUCACAUCAGACAAUCCCAGCCUUAAAGAAACACAAGCUAAUUCACCCAGUUGAUAACCCGGAGAGCAGGGUGUGCGACAUUCAUGGUGAACCAUUGGAGUUCUUUUGCAGAGUGGAUCAAAUGUUUUUUUGCACGUCCUGCGCAAACAAAGAGCAUAAAAAACACGAGGUGGUGACACUAGAGGAAGAGGCUCGAACCAGAAUUCAACAGCUGGGAACAGAAAAGGAAUGCACGGAUCAGAUGAUCAAGGCUCGUCAGCAGAAAAUCCAUGCAAUCCAAUGUUCACUGGACGCAAGCAGAAACAACACGGAGGAAGCAGUGACAUGCAGCAGGGACACGAUGACUGCUCUGGUGGAUUAUAUCGAGAGAAGCCAAAAUGAGUUAACUGAGGUCGUCAAUGCAAAACUGAAAACAAGAGAAAAAGAAGCCAAAGACUUCAUUAAAGAGCUGAAUGCAGAGGUUAUGGAGAUAACGCUGAAAAACCAGCAGCUUAAUAACAUUCCACUGAAAGAAGACCCAUUCGGAUUUCUUAAGAAUGUUCUUUCUCUUACGAUAUCUUCUCCUCAGGUGAAGGAUUGGUCUGAUGUGAGCUUUAACACCGACCAGUUUGCAUUUCAGGAGUCCUUGGCUGAGCUGGAGACAUCCAUCAAAAUGAAGAUAAAUAAACUGUGUGACCCUUCCUUAAAAGAAAAGAAGAAACAUGCAGUAAAUGUGACAUUUGAUCCCGACACGGCACACGCUGAUCUCAGUGUUUCUGAUGAUGGGAAGCAAGUGGCUCAUGGAAACCUAAGGAGGGUCCAAAACACACCAAAGAGAUUUGAUCAUGUCCUCAACGUUUUGGCAAAAGAGGGUUUCUCCUCGGGAAGAUUUUAUUAUGAGGUUCUUGUAAAAGACAAAUCACAGUGGGAUUUAGGAGUUGCGUAUGAGCUCAUCAACAGGAAGGGGGACAUAAGACUGAGCCCAAAGAAUGGAUACUGGACCAUUUGGUUGAGAAAAGGAGAAGAGUUAACAGUCAAUGCAGGUCCUCCAAUCAGCCUGAAGGUGAGGGAGAUACCUGAAAAGAUUGGGGUGUUUGUAGAUUAUGACGAGGGUCAGGUUUCUUUUUAUAAUGUGGAUUUGAGCACUAACAUCUUCUCCUUUUUUGGGUGCACCUUCACCGGGAAGCUUUUUCCGUUCUUCAGCCCUUGCGGCAGUGACGGAGGGAAAAACGUGGCUCCCUUGAUCAUCACUUCUGUCACUUACGACUGA